CGUUUUUUUAAAAAAAAAAUAAGUUGAACAAGACGGAGCCUAAAUCAAGACCAAAGAAAACGACCUAAAUCACCCAAAUAAUCCAAUAAUCCAAAAGAAAAGCCCUUUACAAAUCGAAAAAAGGAAGCCGUCAUUUUUUCUACUCUGGCCGGAGACGAAGCUGCUCCUUCGUAAGACCGUGCCUGCUCCGUCUGUGUAUAUUCAAAGCGGCGGUGUGCUUAGAGAUGGCGAUGCGACUUUGGGCAUCGACGGCUGCUUCUUACCUCAGGAUCUCAGUCUCCCCUAGAGGCUUUGCCACCGUUGUCAAGGAUUUGAAGUAUGCAGAUACACAUGAAUGGGUAAAAGUUGAUGGAAAUUCUGGUACUAUAGGGAUUACCGAUCAUGCUCAGGAUCAUCUAGGUGAUGUCGUGUAUGUUGAGCUGCCUGAAGUUGGUACUGGUGUAAAACAGGGUGAGAGUUUUGGUGCAGUUGAGAGUGUUAAGGCCACCAGUGAUAUCAAUUCUCCCGUUUCAGGAAAAGUCAUUGAAGUUAAUGAGAAGCUAAGUGACUCCCCUGGUCUGGUUAAUGGGAGCCCAUAUGAAGAUGGGUGGAUCAUAAAAGUGGAGAUAGACGAUCCCAAGGAGAUGUCUUGCUUGAUGGAUCCAGACCAGUAUUCCAAAUUUUGUGAAGAAGAAGAUGGAAACCAUUGAUGAUGCUUAGCUUCGUCGUCAAAGGUGAUGCCCAAAACUUUCCUGAAACGUCCAAAUUUCUUCUCAGUGUUCUCUAAUUGCUCAAUGUUUUUUUUUAUAUUUUGUUUUGUUGAUUGGUUUGGGUUCUGAAUUGUCAUAAAUCGUCCACGAUAAGUUGCAAAAUGUGAGCUACUUCGAUGUUUAUUAAUUGAUGGCUAAUAAGUAAUAAUCUUUCUAGAAGAGAAUCUAGAAUCUUGGGUUUUCUAUGUUCAUGAAUUUAAGCAGCAAGUCUCGGGGAUCAAAUCACCCGAAGAUAAUAUUACUUCUGUCCCAAUGUGUAUUCGUCCAAUUUUUUCAAGUCAAACUGGACAAAUUUCGAACCUCAAUCACAUAAAAAGUGUAAUGUACAUCAGUAUAAAAAUGAUUUCAUUAU